AUGGCCGCUUUCACCGUCUCCAUGUCCGCCCUCGUCGGCGCGCCCGUCAAGGUUCGUCGCAUCGCACGCGCUCGCGCGCAAUUCGUGCCAUCGUCGGUGGUCGGAACGUCGCCAGCACCACAGGGUUUUCACGGGAGGUCGGGCGAAAAAGCGAGCGGCGAGCGCCGCGCGGAAACGACGCGCCGCGAGAAUCGCGAGCGGUCGACGCGAGCGCGUCACGCGACCGGCGCGCGCGCUCGUUCAUCGCUCGCGAUUCUCGCGGCGCGUGAAUCCGGGGAGGCCGCGCGUCGAUCGCAGACCGCGCGCGCCGCUCGCGACGUCAUCGCCGCUCGCGCCGUCGUCGCCCGCAAGGCUGUCCAGCAGCGCGGCGCCCGCCUCAUCGUCCGCGCCGAGGGCGAGGAGGCCAAGGCGGACUCCUUCGCGGGCCUCAAGCCCACCAAGGCUGCCGACUUCAAGUCCAUGUCCAACGACGAGCUCAACGCGCAGAUCGUCGAGGCGAAGAAGAUGCUCUUCGAGCUUCGCAUGAAGCAGUCCACGCGCAAGGAGUACAAGGGCCACCACUUCGGGAUCCUCAAGACGAAGAUCGCGCAGAUUCGCACCGUGAAGCGCGAGCGCGAGGUUACCGAGGGUGUCAACAAGCGCGAUAGCCGCAAGAUUAAGCGCGAGGAGCGCGCGGCCAACAUCUACCUGUAA